AUGGCUGCAUCUCAAGAAUUUUACAAAUCAAAACGCGCGACCAUCAAGGGAAAACUCACAAGAAUAGCGAACUUCCUUAAGAGUUUUGAUGAGAAAACUAACACUUUUGCUGAAAUCAAAGCGCGUCAAACGGAAUUGGAGAAAAUAUUCACUAGUUUUGAUGAAGUUCAAUCUGCGAUCGAUGAAUUCGAUUAUGAGUUACCCGAGAAAAGGGAAGCCCACGAAAAGGAUAGG